UAAGUCUCUGGGAGACAUGGAGCCCAGGAGGGCGGCGCCUGGGGCGCCUGGCUGGGGGUCUCGGGAGGCCGCGGGGUCGGGAACGGCCGCGGAGCUUGUGUACCAUCUAGCUGGGGCCCUGGGCACUGAGCUGCAGGAUCUGGCGCGCCGUUUUGGACCGGAGGCGGCGGCCGGGCUGGUGCCGCUAGUGGUGCCAGCGCUGGAGCUCUUGGAACAGGCUGCCGUGGGGCCCGCCCCGGACUCGCUGCAGGUGUCGGCGCAGCAAGCGGAGCAGGAGCUGCGGCGGCUGCGGGAGGAGAACGAGCGCCUCCGCAGGGAGCUGCGCGCGGGGCCACAGGAGGAGCGCGCGCUGCUGCGGCAGCUCAAGGAGGUCACGGACCGACAGCGUGACGAACUCCGGGCGCACAACUGCGACCUGCGGCAGCGCGGCCAGGAGACCGAGGCGUUGCAGGAGCAGCUGCAGCGCCUCCUGCUGGUGAACGCUGAGCUGCGGCACAAGCUGGCGGCAGUGCAGACCCAGCUGCGCGCCGCGCAGGACCGCGAGAGGGAGCUCCAGCAGCCUGGCGAAGCUGCGACUCCGCAGGCUAAAGAGCGAGCGCGGGGGCAGGCCGGGCGGCCCAGGCACCAGUACGGACAGGAGCCCGAAUGGGCGACCACCGGCGCAGGCGCCCCGGGGAACCCUGAGGACCCGGCAGAGGCUGCACAGCAGCUGGGGUGCCCCUCGGAGGCAGGGCAGUGCCGCUUCAGUCGGGAGGAGUUUGAGCAGAUCCUUCAGGAGAGGAAUGAACUCAAAGCCAAAGUGUUCCUGCUCAAGGAGGAGCUGGCCUACUUCCAGCGGGAGCUGCUCACAGACCACCGGGUCCCCGGCCUUCUGCUUGAGGCCAUGAAGGUGGCUGUCCGGAAGCAGCGGAAGAAGAUCAAGGCCAAGAUGUUAGGGACACCAGAGGAAGCAGAGAGCAGCUUUGGUCUAUGGUAUCGGGGUAAAGCCGAAUCCUCUGAGGAUGAGACCAGCAGCCCUGCACCCAGCAAGCUAGGGGGAGAAGAGGAGGCCCAACCACAGUCGCCAGCUCCUGAUCCGCCCUGUUCUGCCCUCCACGAACACCUUUGUCUGGGGGCCUCAGCCGCCCCAGAGGCCUGACUUAGGGGUCUGGCUGUGGAAGGAUGCGUGGUCUCAAAUGAGGACAGGGCUCCCGCCUUCGCAGCCCUCGCCAGGGGUCUGCCCCAAUCCUGGCCUGCACCAGGGCAGGACGGGGGCUCAGCCUGCCUCCCACUCUACGUCUGUACCGAGCCUCUGGGGCCAGAUACAAGAGUGCCUCUCUGCGUCUCAGUUUCCCCAUCCGUGAAAUGAGAGCUGACUGCCUAGCUCCCAGGGCUUUGUGCAGACGGCCUGAGCUCAUGUAAUAAAGAACUGCCCGUAAUACACAGAAA